AGCCAUCGACUCAUUUCUUUGAGAAAAUUGGUGACAAAGCUUGAAAUUUCUCCUUCUUUUCUUGUUAAAUAACAAGCAUUAGGACUUAGAAACCCUCCAUAAAGCAAGGAAUUUCAGAUCUGCAGUUUCUUUUCCUCCUCUGUCCGCUGGCUGCUAGUGGGUGUGUGAAUUCCUGGGCUUUUUUUUGGAUUCUUGAUUUUUCCCCUGCACUGCCGCCGGCCUUCCCCCAACUGCAGCUCCGAUUUUUGCUGCUAAAUUUUGGUAAGUGGCAGCUCCAUUUAAGUCCCAAAUUACCGAUUAGUUGCUGAAAAUUUGUCUAUUAAAUUGCUGCCCUAUGCUGUCCGAAAAUCUGUUGAAAAAUGGGGAAAUUUCGGUAGCUUAAGCUAUGUUUUUAGGCUUGGUUUAAGUGUAAAUUAGCUUGAUUUGGGCUAUUGUGAUUUUGGAGAAAAAAAAUCCCGUGAAUUAGCCAUUGUUUUGCCAAUUUAUGGGUGUGCAGUUACUGUUCAUGAGCACUGUUUACGGGGCACUGUUCACGCACUGAUGGCCAACAAUUAACGAGGAUUAAAUGUUUAGUUUGUAAUAUAAGAAUAAAUUUGGAGAUGUUUGAUCAUAUGAAGACUAAUAGAAAUAGCAUCGUGAUUAAGGGUGAUCCUAAUGAAGUUUCACUUUAAAUUUGUGAUAGUACGAUAUUAAUUCUGGGGUAUUUUGAUUAGGUUACUGAUCAUUCUGUCAGUUUAGCACCGAGAUUGAGUCCUCAGUUUAUGCGAGUAAAGAAGCGAAGUCAAGGAUGGGGAAAAACAAAGGGAGUGACGAGUUAAAAGGCUGGCCAUCUUGUAAAUUGAGCAUAGACUAUAGAUAUAAAUCAUGAUCUUGUAAACUAUACUUUAUUUGGAGAUUUUAUGAUAUUAGAGCAAAUUCUAUAAUUUUAUCUUCAGAUUUUGUGGUAUCAGAUGUGAUAUGAUUAAGUUUCGAGCCUUGUGCAUUUGUGGGACCUUCUCACGAGUGUACGAUGUUUGCCAUGUCUCCGGAUUCGAAUUCUGGGGCGUGACACCCAGAAAAUAAAAGGGCAAAAUCAAGCCUACAAACCUGUAGAAAUAUUCGUUCAUGCCCUAGGAAUGUUGGUUUCAUGUAGGUUGUUAAAAACAACACAGUUUUUAGUCAUUUAGAUUUGUGGCUCUUACUUGAAAAUUUCAAGGCUAAAUUCAUGAAUCUAUGGACGAAAUCAAAGCAUGAAUUUGAG